AUGAAGCGGCAGCGAUCAGUCAUAGACGAUGGAGACACCGAGAUCAUCGAAGUCGAGAGCGCUCAGUCGAGCCUCCAACAAGCCUCGAGAAAGAAAGCACGAGUAUCCCACGAAGAGCCGGACAAUGUGGUAUCGGACGAGGCGAUGGACGAGGAGCUACUUGAAGCGCAGGCAACCCAAUUGCGGAACAAGAAGCAGUUGGACAAUGAACCUGCGGAAAACGGAAUUCUUGAGACUGUCACUUGCACGAAUUUCAUGUGUCAUGGGUAUCUAGAGAUUGGCUUAGGUCCACUCAUCAAUUUCAUCAUCGGGCACAACGGGUCUGGUAAGUCGGCCGUAUUGACAGCAAUCACGAUAUGUCUUGGAGGGAAGGCAACAGCUACAAAUCGUGGCCAGUCUUUGAAGAGCUUUAUCAAAGAAGGCGAGGAGUCUUCCACGCUCAGCGUCAAGAUCAAGAAUGGAGGCGACAGCGCGUAUCAACAAGAAAUUUACGGCGAAGCAAUCAUUGUCGAGCGCCACUUCUCGCGUUCCGGAAGCAGCAGCUUCAAGCUCAAGAGCUCAACUGGAAGGUUGAUAUCAACAAGAAAGGGUGAUCUAGAAGAGAUCUGCGACUAUUUUGCACUCCAGAUCGAUAACCCUAUGAAUGUCUUGACCCAGGAUAUGGCCCGGCAAUUUCUCAAUAGUUCAACUCCGCACGAAAAGUACAAAUUUUUCAUGAAAGGAACCCAGCUAGAACAUCUAGAUGGAGAUUACCUCAUUGUCGAACAAAAUCUCGACACGAUCGAUCAAGACCUGUGGAAAAAGCAGGAAGACCUUAAAGUCUUCGAAGAUCGAGCACAAAAGGCAAGAAACCUACUAGCAUUGUCCGAAAGGCAAGACACGCUUCGAGAUAGGAUUCGCCAUCUUGGCGAAAUGAUGGCGUGGGUCCAGGUCGAGGAGCAGGAAGAAAGAUUGGCCGUGUUCGAUAGAAAGCUCAGCAGGAUUGACGAAAAGAUUGCAGCCUCAGAAAUGAAAGCUGCCGGCUUAAGUGAGGCUUUCAGCCAGACCGAGCAGUUAUUUGAGAAUGCGAACAGAGCUUUGGAAGAAACAACGAACACUCUUGCACCUCUGCAAGAAGAGAAGGGUCAGAUGAAGAAGGAAUUCGACAAUUUGAAGGCCGAGGCUCUAACGUUACAUGCCGAGCAAAGACAAAUUUCAGAAGAAAUCAAGGCUGCAGACGAAAGAAUCAAAAAGGCUGAAAGUGCUGUCCGAGAAGAGCACCAGAGGCUCAGCGACGCUGACGGCGGAAGUCAUGACCUGCGGCGUGCUGAAAUUGAAGAAAAGAGAGCAGAAGCUCGUGCCGCCAAAGCUCGAUUCCGAGAUCAUGAGAACGAGCUCCCCGCUCUUGAGGAUAAUAGGCAUCGUGCUGAAAAGGACCAUAGAGAAUCUCAAACCCCUGUCAAAGAUAAGAAAAUCGAGGUACAAAUUUCCGAAGAGCGACUCGGCAGUCUAAUGAGAGACAGAGGCCAGCAACAACAAGCAUACCCACCAAAUAUGUCCCGACUUCUCAGUGCUAUACGCCAAGACGACGGCUUCCAACAGCGACCAGUAGGACCUAUCGCCAAUCAUGUGCGGUUGCUCAAGCCCCUUUGGUCUAGCAUUCUGGAGAAGUCCUUUGGUGGAGCAUUGAACUCUUUCAUUGUCACAAGCAAAGAUGACCAAAUCAGACUAUCAGGAAUUAUGCAGAGAAUUGGUUGUCCAUGCUCAAUAAUCAUUGGAAACAACAACGCCAUCGACACUACGGACAAAGAGCCAGAUCCCAGGUUCGACACAGCGCUCAGAGUUCUAGAUUUCGACAACCAAUUGGCAAGGAAACAGCUCGUUAUUGGCCAAAACGUCGAUCAAAGUAUCCUCAUACAGGAUCGUGGGACUGCAAUUGACACGAUGAACAGCGCAAGGCUACAGAACGUGAAACAAUGUUUCGCACUUACUAAGAAGACUGGCGAAGGCCUCAGGAUGAGUUACGGAUACGGUGGUGGGCUUUCACAGUCGCACGUACCGGCUUAUAGGGGGUCUCCGCGAAUGAAGACUGACAUCGAUUAUCAGAUUAACUUCCAGCGUGACCUACUUCAAAGCCUCAGAGCGGAACUCAAUCAACUUGAGCGUAGUUCGCAGGAGAAGCAGAAGUAUCUUACUCGGUGCGAACAGGCUAUCGUAAAAAACAAAAGGGACACGCAGCAUCUGAGACUAGAGUUGCAGCAAGCCGAAAACAUCGUGGAUGAACUUCAGGACGCCCUAGACCAGGAUGCUGUGGAGGAGGGGCGUCUAGAUGUUUUGAAAGAUCAGCUUACUGAAGCUAAUGAGGAGAAGAGCACCCAUGAAGCUUCUUAUGGAGAGUCUGUUAUCGCCAAAGACAAAAAUAAUGAGUUGUUAAGGGCUUCGAGAGAAAAAUUGGCGAGCAAGGACGUCAUUAUUGAAGACGCUAAAGCAAAAGUUCUCAAGGCAGAGAGCAGGGCGACCAAAUGCGCAAGUCAGAGGUCAUCUGCACUCCGCGACAAGAAUGCCGCGUUCGAUUCGGUCGAGUCGGAGAAGCUAGAAAGAGAACAGUACCAAGGAGAGCGUGACGAAGAGUCACAGCGGGUUGAUGAAUUUACACGGAAAGCAAAUUACUUCUGCCCUCGAGUGCCUGUGGACGAAGGCGAGACCGGCGACUCGAUAGACCUCAAGUUGGAUAAAUUCAACAAAGACUUGAAAGACGCUGAGAAGCAAGCGGGAGGUAGCAGACAACAGAUUGCCGCCGAUGCAGUGAAAGUUCUUAAUGCCCUCAAUCAAGCGAAAGCGGAGGUUGAGAGUAUUGAAGAACUUGCACAGCUCUUGAAACAUACGCUUGUCAAUCGGAAAGACCGAUGGAGGAGGUUUCAGAAACAUAUCACAAGUCGCGCUAGGGUUCAAUUUUUCUACCUGCUCAGUGAACGCGGGUUCCGAGGCAAGCUGCUAGCCCAUCACAAAGAGAAGAAAUUGGAUCUGAUGGUAUGA